AUGUGCGAGAAGAGCUUUGAUUACUUAGUGGACGAACGUGCCACCGGGAUCACCAGCAGCUUCCUGAUCAGCGAGAUGCAUGUCACUGAUACGGACUCGCUGAUACGCCACGCGACUGUCACGUUCGUCUAUAAGAACUCGGCUUCUCUCUAUUGUCGUCACUCAUCGGACCUGAUCUUCGCUCCGGCGUCCGCGUUUCCAGAUCCCCCGGGUGUAAAGAAAAAAGACAGGGACAACGUCGACUUGCGAGACUUCGUGUCCGUAGGCAGAUCGGUUAUCUUCAGGGCUGAGCCUUCCAGCAAAAUUCCAAACUUCAUGGUAAUUAUCGUCGAAGUUUCUUCCUUCGUGGAUGUAUACCUAAAUUCAGUGGCUUUCCCUUGCUUUUAGUU